GUACCGCACCAGCCACACACUCGACGCCCCGAUCGCCCCGAACCGCCCGUCUAGCUGCCCGUCUCGCCGUUGCCGCCUCCUCCCCCACUCUCCCAUCUCGAACCCAGUCUCGCUCGUCACCAUGGCCACCGUCGCAGUCGUGCACCCCAAGACCAUCAAUCCGCUCCUCGCAGCGUACCUCCAGUCGCUCGCGACCAAGCCCAUGCUCACCAAGUCUCUGACUUCUGGAUCGCUCUCCGUCCUGUCCGAGAUCAUCGCGGGCCAUGUCGCCGGCUCGCCGCCGCCGCCGUUGUCGGCCAAGGAGCGCACGGGCUUCUUCCCGCUCGACCUCCUCAAGCAGAACCACAAGGCGAUCAAGCUCGGCAUCUACGGCUUCUUCGUCUCGGCGCCGCUCGGCCACGCCCUCCUCGCCAUCCUCCAGCGCGCGUUCGCCGGCAAGACGUCGGCGCGCGCCAAGCUCAUGCAGAUCAUCGCGUCCAACCUCUUCAUCUCGCCGAUCCAGCAGAGCGUCUACAUUGCCGCCAUGGCCAUCAUCAACGGCGCGACGACGCCGCAGGCCAUCAUCAACGCGUGGAAGAUGUCCAUCAUGAAGAUCCUCAAGCUCUCGUGGGUCGUGUCGACCUUGACGAUGAUUGUCGCGCAGAAGUUCCUCGCGCCCGAGCUCUGGGUUCCCUUCUUUACCCUCGUCGGCCAGUCUGUCGGCUGCGUCAUCAACAUCCAGGUCAAGAAGCGCGCCAUCGCCGCCCGCGCCAAGUCGCAGGCCGCAAAGGACGCGGCCGAGGCGCUCGAGAAGAAGGCGCAGGACGAGCUCGCCAAGAAGCGCGCGCAGGAGUGAGUGCGCUUGCACGGCGAGGACGGCGUGCGAGAGGGCUGAGCGAGCGCAUGCGCAGCGGCACGCGGGUGCCGGUGCGCGGGCGCCGUCGGACGGAUCGGGGGAUCUACGUACUUUCCAUGCCGAGGCGGGUCUCUCUUUGGCGCGUCCCUUUCUUCUCUCUCGUUCUUGCAGAUCGGGUCUUCUUCUUCUUCUGUGCAACUUUGGCCGGCAAGUGCUUUCCGCGUC